AUGUCAGUCGUGACUAACAUUCCUCCAUCCUCCUCUUUUCUUGGCGAUAAGAACGAAGAUGUCAACGAUUGGCUAGAAGUAAUCAAUCAAAAGUUCGAUGCGUGUGAAUUAACUGGUCCUCAACGUCAAAAAUGGGCAGUUGCUUUCCUGUCUAACGAUGCAUUGAAGUGGCACACUCGAAACGUAGUGAAAUUGGAAACAUGGAAUGAUUUUCAGACAGCAUUAAAAGACAAUUUUCCACCUCCACCUGCACCCUCAUCAUCUAUUAUAUUUCACCAACUCCUAUCUCGUAAACAAGGUAAUACAGAAUUAUUUAAUCGCUAUUAUGCUGAUAUAAUUAAACUUUGUCAUCGAUAUGAUCCAUUAAUGUCUGAUGAUACACGGUGUGAUAUCCUCAAAUCAGGAAUGAAUAAAAUAUUACUUGAUAAAUGUUGUGGAAAAGGAUUACUUCUACUCAUGAAUUACGUGAAUUUAUUGAACGCUUCGAACAAGAUCAAUAAUUCAUCCACUUUGGGUGAAAAAGAAUUAAAGGUAGCCGGGACGUCAAUAUUUGAUCGCAUUCUUAAACUAGAAAAUCCGUCAAGUUUACGCAGCCCCACAGAAGCUUUUUCUCUUGCCAUUUAA